AUAACUUCGAUAGCCCAGUGAGUUAUUGUUUCCGAUGAAUUUGGGAGUGUCAGACUUCUGUUAUCUGCAUUUACUAAUCUAAUUUAUAACCCUUCUCGCCUUCUAAAAAAAAAAAAAUUUCAUAAUAACUUAGGCUUUCUGCAUGGAAUCAUGGUUAACUAAUAUUAGCUUUUGCUUGAUUCCUUGCUAAUGUUCAAAGUGUCUCCACUCAAAUACCAAAACCAGCAUGUCAAGCAAUCCCAAGAACAGAUGCUGUUUUCUCUAAGCUUUUGAGAGUGAUCUAUAAAAACCCAUUAAACACACCAUUGUCAGAAUCAAAAGCGAUCAAAAUUUAUUAUCCCCAUACUUUUUUCUUCAGUUCAUCAAACUCAACUUCGGUCCCCAACCUGCCAUGGAUUCAUAUGGCGGCCAAAGUUAUCGUCCCUCAGCCUCUCGUUUAACAGUGGUGGCACACCUGUUUGGUAUAAUAGCACUCAUCCUCAUGCUCGUUUGGUUGCUGCAUUAUCGUGAGGGUAUCGAACUGGAUUCUGACAACUCAUUUCGUGUCUUCAAUGUCCACCCAUUUCUUAUGUUCUUUGGAUUUAUAUUUUGUGCUGGUGAAGCAAUGAUGGCGUGGAAGACAGUAGCAGCAGACAGGAACGUUCGGAAGUUUGUUCACAUGUUUCUCAACUUGGUAGCUAUUUGUCUGGGGAUUGUUGGGAUACAUGCUGCAUUCAAGUUUCAUAAAAAGGAGAAUAUAAAGAAUAUGUAUAGCUUGCAUUCAUGGAUAGGCAUGGGCACCUUUUGCUUGUUUGGCUUGCAGUGGUUGUUUGGUUUUUUCCUAUAUAUGUUUCCAAAAGCAACACAAACAACAAGGGCAAGGGCGCUUCCGUGGCACAUAAAUGGCGGUAGAGCACUCCUGUACAUGGCGAUAAUCGCUGCCGAGACUGGGUUGAUGGAGAAAGUUACAUUCUUGGAGAUGCAGCAUCCGAGGGAAGCUCGUUUAAUCAACUUUCUGGGACUGGCAAUCCUCCUCUUCGGCCUCACAACCGAUCUUUCUAUUGCUCUGGCUCGUUACGUUUAGUUUCUAUCCUAUUAAUGUCAUAAAACAUACAUUUGAUUUACUUGUUUUUAUGUUGUAAGUAAGGUUCAUCAAGCAGGUUCCAGUGCCAAUUUGGAUCACGCACUUGGAAUCAGUUGGAUAAAUUGGAUUGUUGUGUACUUGUGUGUGCUUUCAUUAAUUCAUGAUUUUAUUAAUAUAUUCUUAGAAACAGAAAA